AUGGGUUGUGGAUCGUCGGUUAAAGUACAACCAUUAGCUGAGAAUCCAAAACCGAAGAAUGUAGAAAAUACAAAACCGAAGACUGUAGAAAAUACAAAAUCGAAGAAUGUAGAAAAUACAAAACCGAAGAAUGUAGAAAAUACAAAACCGAAGAAUGUAGAAAAUACAAAACCGAAGAAUGUAGAAAAUGAUGAUAAUGAUCUGUCUAAGAGCAGACGUCGGAGAACCAGUGUUGGUGAAAGUAUCAUUAGACGUCGAAAAGAUAGUACAACUUCAAUUGUUACCCUUGAUCCCAGACUUAUUGUCGAUAAUAUUCAUACACAAACUAGUAUUGUACCAUUAGAUCCCGAUGCAUUCAAUUCAAAACUCCGAAAACAACGGCAAGCUGCAAUUGAAAAUGAUUUAUAUCGAAAUGCUAUUAAUUCAUGGCAACCUACUUCUAUAGAACAUCUUGUGAAUCUAAUAAAAACACUUUCGUUGAAUAAAAGUGAUGUUGACAAAACAUUUAUUAUCUACUAUUGGAUUUGUCAAAAUAUUGAAUAUGAUGUUAUAUCGUAUUUUUCUAAAAAUUAUGCUGAUCAAACAGCUGAAGGUGUAUUUCGAACAAAAAAGGGGGUUUGUGCAGGCUAUGGUAAUAUCUUUCAACGACUUUGUGAUGGUGUUAGCUUACAAUGUGUCAAAAUAAGUGGUUAUUCUAAAGGUUAUAAAUUUGAUCCAAGAACUACCACAUUCAAAGAAACCGAUCACGCAUGGAAUUCUGUCCAAAUUGAUAAUCAUUGGUAUAUCAUUGAAUCAACAUGGGGUGCCGGAAACUUGAACGAUAACAAACAAUUCAAAAAACAGUUUGAUCCUUAUUACUUUUUCUGUCCACCCGAGGAAUUUAUUUAUGAUCAUCUGCCCAAGGAUGAAAAAUGGCAGUUACUCGUUCGACCGAUAUCAAUGCAAGAAUAUUUAUCGAUGCCUGUUACAUGGUCAUCGUUUUUUGAAUUAAAACUGGAACUGAUUUCAUCUGAAUCGAAUAUUUUACAACUCAUUAACGGCAAACCGUACGCUCAAGUUCAAAUUCGUUCACCGAUCGAAGUCGAUAUAACGGCGAACUUAAAAUUAAAUGAUAAAAAAAUUGAUGGUGGUGACCGUGUUUGUUAUGAUCCUAAACAAAAAAUAUGGUGUUGUUAUUUUGCACCACAAUCAGACGGCCCCCACGAAAUAACCAUUUAUGCAAAACGGAAAAAUCAACCAGGUAGUUAUAAAUCAGCAGUGAAAUUUAGUCUUGAAGUUCUUAAUCUAACAAAACCAAUUAGUUUUCCCGGUCUGUUUGACACCUAUUAUGAUCUCGAUUUGAAAAUUGUUCAACCAAAAUUUCAACAUACAAUUCAACUAAAAAAUGAUGUUGCAUAUACUGAAAUACUUCUUCAGGCACCAAAAGAUGUGAAGUUGAUAGGUGACUUGACAAAUCCUGAAGGUAAAAAGGUCGAUGGUGGUGAACAAGUCUAUUUUGACAAGCAGAAAGCAUUAUGGCGAUGUUUAUUUGCGCCACAAUCAAAUGGUCUCCAUGAAAUAACCAUUUAUGCACAGAGGACAAAUCAAUCAGGUAGUUAUAAAUCAGCAGUGAAAUUUAGUCUUGAAGUUCUUAAUCUAACAAAACCAAUUAGUUUUCCCGGUCUGUUUGACACCUAUUAUGAUCUCGAUUUGAAAAUAAUCCAACCAAAAUUUCAACAUAUAAUUCAACUAAAAAAUGAUGCUGCGUAUACUGAAAUACUUCUUCAGGCACCAAAAGAUGUGAAACUGAUAGGUGACUUGAGAAAUCCUGAAGGCAAAAAGGUCGAUGGUAGCCACCGACUCUAUUUUGAUAAACAAAAGGCAUUAUGGCGAUGUUUAUUUGCUCCACAAUCAAAUGGUCUCCAUGAAAUAACCAUUUAUGCAAAACGGAAAAAUCAACCAGGUAGUUUUGAAGGAGCAGUAAAAUUUCGUCUUCAAGCUCAUAAUCUAACAAAACCAAUUAGUUUUCCCCGACUAUUGGAUACCUAUUAUGAUCUCGAUUUGAAAAUUGUUCAACCAAAAUUUCAACAUACAAUUCAACUAAAAAAUGAUGCUGCGUAUACUGAAAUACUUCUUCAGGCACCAAAAGAUGUGAAAUUGAUAGGUGACUUGACAAAUCCUGAAGGUAAAAAGGUCCAUGGUGGUGAACAAGUCUAUUUUGACAAGCAGAAAGCAUUAUGGCGAUGUUUAUUUGCUCCACAAAAAACCGGUUUACAUAAAAUUAACAUUUAUGCCAAAAAAGCGUCUGACAAUUCUACCAGCUAUUCUGCAGCUCUUGAAUUUAAUCUUAAUGUUCAACAGUUACCAUCUAACAUAAUUUCAUAUCCGAAUACUAUGUCCUUAUUUUAUGAUUACGAUUUAAAAAUUAUUGCACCAAAUAAUAGUCGAUUUGCCACAUGGCCCAAAAAUGCUUCGUAUACUGAAAUUCUACUUCGUGCUCCCAACAAUAUUCAGUUAUCUGGUCAUAUUUUCUAUGAUAAUCAAGCAAUUGAUAAUGGUAGUCUUAUUCAGUAUGAUCAUGACAAGCAGUUAUGGCAAUGUUUGUUUGCUCCGCGAAAUACGGGUUUACAUAAAAUAAUAGUAUUUGCAAAAGAAAAUGGAGAUUCUAAUACUUCACAGUCUGUCGUUGACUUUGAUUUAGAUGUGACAAAUUUAAAACGUUCCAUAGCAUUUCCUAAAACAUAUGCUUUAUUUCAAAAAAACAAAUGUAAAAUAUAUGAACCAUUUGAAAUGAAAAAAGGCUCUAAUGUUACUUUGCAUUGCCGAAUACCUGAUGCUAAUAAUGUUCGAAUACUAUUUGAUUCAAAACCAGAACGGGAACAAGAAGAUGAUUACGAAAAUAAUAUUUUUAAACGACAAAUAACGGUUCCAAAUCAAAAUGUUGUUAUUAUGGGUAACUACACGAACGAUACAAGUUAUUCAUAUCUUAUUCAUUAUACAGUAACAUAA